GUUACCUUAGCACCAGGCUAUGCCGUUGUUGAACGGACGGUGUCCACACAUUGCAGCCCGGCACGUGCCCUGCCCGGUGACCGAGCAUGGGAACCUUGCCUGGGCACAAUCAGCAAUGGGCCGACCGACGGAUUAGAUAGGCAUGUGCCCAGUGAAAUUCCGUCAGAGGUACAUAGCUACCUUAGCUGCCUGUGUAAAGCUUUCGUCGGACCAUCACUUGCAUCUCCAUUCCACAUCGAUUUUGCAACACACGACAACCCCGAUUAGCCCUGCCUUUCGAGGAACUUCAAUCAUGAGCAAAUACGGUGUUAUGGUGAUGGGCCCCGCCGGGGUGGGCAAGUCCACGUUCUGCACAAGCCUCAUCACACACCUUCAACUGAAUCGCCGCUCCGCUUUCUACGUGAACCUCGACCCCGCCGCCGAGCAUUUCGAACACCAGCCAGACCUCGACAUCAAAGACUUGAUAUCCGUCGAAGAUGUGAUGGAAGAAUUGCAGCUCGGUCCCAAUGGGGGGCUGGUCUACUGCUUCGAAUAUCUGCUGGCGAAUCUCGACUUCAUUUCCGACGCCCUCGAGUCGCUAACCGAGGAAUACCUCAUCAUCUUCGACAUGCCCGGCCAGAUCGAGCUCUACACGCAUAUUCCGGUGCUCUCAGGCUUGGUCAAGUUUCUCACACAAUCAGGUGCACUCGACGUUCGGCUGUGCGCGGCGUACCUUAUCGAGUCGACAUUCGUCUUGGAUAGGGCCAAGUACUUUGCCGGGACGCUCAGCGCCAUGAGCGCCAUGAUGAUGCUAGAGGUGCCACACAUCAACGUCCUGACCAAAAUGGACUUGAUCAAGGACCAGAUGCGGAAAAAGGACUUCAAGCGCUUCCUCGUCCCGGAUACAACGUUGCUGGAGGAUGACCCAGCGGAGACCAUCCGCAAGAGAAUGACCGUCGCUGUCGACGUUCGCAGCGAUGAUCCAGGGAACAAGGAUGCCCUCAUGUCAGGCGCGACGUUCCAGCGGUUGAACGCCGCUAUUGCCAACCUCAUCGAGAGCUACUCCUUGGUCAACUACCUUAAGCUGGAUUGCACAGACGAGGAGAGUGUUCACGCAAUCCUCAGUCACAUCGACGACUGCAUCCAGUACCACGAGGCACAGGAGCCCAGAGAUCCUCCGGAGGAGGAGUUUGACGACGAACCAUGAUGCACGUUGAAGAGCAUGGGGUGAUGCAUGGGAUAGGAUAAAAAAAAAGUGGCAUGGCUACGUUCUGGCGUACGGUAUUGGGGUUCGGCAAGGUUGGCUUAGCAUGGCCCAUGGCCAGCUUAAUUUGCAUAGCGAUGGCGUAAAGGUAUCGAAGCGUGUUUUCUGAAC